AUGCAGCGAGAUCAGCAGCUGACGACAGAGGAAGACUAUCUCGAUGGUGUAGAGGAGGAGUCCUUCUUUCAGGACAUUGACUCUCUACAGAACCACGGCAUCAACGUGGCAGACAUCAAGAAGCUAAAGUCAUCCGGGAUAUGCACCAUCAAGGGCAUCCAGAUGACCACCAGGAAGAAGCUGCUGGCAAUAAAGGGAAUCUCCGAGGCAAAGGUGGACAAGAUAAAGGAGGCGACGGGUAAAAUGACUACCAACGGGUUCCAGACUGCACUGGAGUACAGCGACAAGAGGAAGCAGGUGUUUCGAAUCUCGUCGGGGAGCGAGGAGCUGGACAAGCUCCUGGGUGGAGGGAUGGAGAGCAUGGCCAUCACAGAGGUUUUUGGUGAAUUCAGAACCGGGAAGACCCAGCUCUCGCACACUCUGUGCGUCACCACACAGCUCCCCGGGAAGAACGGGUACUCGGGAGGCAAAGUCGUGUUCAUUGACACCGAGAACACGUUCAGACCGGACCGUCUCAAGGAGAUUGCAGACCGAUUCAACUUGGACCACGGCGCCAUGCUCGACAACGUCCUGUACGCCAGAGCCUACACCAGCGAGCACCAGAUGGAGCUGCUAGACUGCGUGGCGGCAAAGUUCCACGAGGAACCCGGCGUGUUCAAGCUCCUAAUCGUCGACUCGAUCAUGGCACUGUUCCGAGUGGAUUUCUCCGGCCGGGGAGAGCUGGCCGACCGACAGCAGAAACUGGCUCAGAUGCUCUCGCGGCUCCAGAAGAUUUCCGAGGAGUACAACGUGGCGGUGUUUAUCACCAACCAAAUGACGGCCGAUCCCGGAGCGACCAUGAGUUUUCAGGCCGACCCCAAGAAACCCAUCGGAGGAAACAUCAUUGCUCAUGCCUCGACUACCAGGAUCAGUCUGAGAAAGGGGAGGGGCGAGAUGAGAAUUGCCAAGAUAUACGACAGCCCCGACAUGCCAGAGAGCGAGGCCACUUUCUCAAUUACCGGCGGUGGCAUCGCAGACGCUAAGGAAUAA